GAAAAUACUACAAUGCAGUAAGCAGUGCCUGUAUAUACGUCAUAGAUGGGCGAGCGACCAAUACACGAUAACCGACAAAUGUGUACCUAUAGGCAAGAUAGAGCUGAUAGAGGCCUUAUACGCAAUGUAGUAAUGACAUUGGUCGGACAGCUAAAAUCAUCAGGCCCUUCACCUGUGUGCCCUAUGACCAUGUCCAUUAAUCGGAAUCCUAAUGGUAGUACACAGCAAUUGGCUGGACUGACUGGGGCAGUGAUGGUUGGUCAGCAUAGUGACCUUAGCCAGUCUAACUAGCCAGUCUGGUGGUGGUAAUACCUUAAGUGAUGAACCUUUGACAGCCAAGGCAUCCAUCAUAAUUAUCUGAGUAGGUGAUACAUGUAUGUAGGAACAUGGUCAGCCAGUAUAUAUAUAUGUGACUGGCCCAAUAGUGGAUUAAUCUGCUGCAAGAAGAGGGAAUCAGUUUAAGGAAAAUUCUGUCAAUCAGGAAAGUGUAAGGAAACUUUGAAGUAUUUCCUGUCACCAGAAGUGGGGAACAUUGGAGGUCAAUGGAAUAACUGUGGUUGUAUAUUGGAGUAGAUGUACAGUGCUGAGAGAUCUAGUGCCGUAGAGUGUGCCAACUCUUUAGAGGGAUCACUAGAUCACAGGAGAGAAUCUUGUGGCAUCUUAGGCGAUGUCCAGAUGAAAUCCAAGCUGGAAUGUUAUUCAGAACGCCGGUCUAAUGCUGUGGCUGUGUCCGAACUCAAACUCUUGGACAAAUUAUCGUCCAAAGAUUACAAGGUACGAUGGGGAUCCAGAUUUCAAAGUUUACAUAAAACAAGACGACGCCAUCGGCCGAUCCUUAAAAUGACACAAGAAAGUAAUUCUUUGUUGGACCAGUUGUACAGCAAACAAGCACAGUGCUUGAUGACCAAACUAGAUGGCUGGGGUGUGAACAUGUUCCAUCUGGAUAUCAUAACAUGUGGUCGGCCUCUAUUCCAUGUAGCUUUUCACCUAUUCCAGCAUUACAACCUGAUAGAGACGUUUAAUCUUGAUCUCAUGAAGCUGCUUAGAACAUUCUCAUUGAUUGAGGAAGGUUACCAUGACAACAAUCCCUACCACAAUGCUGUUCACGCUGCUGAUGUAACUCAAGCCAUUCAUUGUUACCUUCAGGAGAAGCAGCUGCAGUAUACGAUACCUCCUUUUGAAAUCAUGACCUGCUUAUUAGCUGCUAUGACACAUGACCUUGACCAUCCAGGGGUCAACCAAGCGUUCCUGAUAGCAACUGCUAAUCAUCUUGCUGCACUGUAUGAGAACACAUCUGUACUGGAAAACCAUCACUGGAGGUCUGCUAUAGGUGUUCUACACGAAACAGGACUGUUUAGUCAUCUGAGUGCCAUAGAAUGGGAGCAGUUAGAAUCACAAAUCAAGUCCCUUAUACUGGCCACAGAUAUAACUCGCCAGCAGGAAUUUUUAACACGUUUUAAGAGAUAUUUAGACAGUGGAGAAUAUGACUCUGCAAGAAAUCCAUCACAUCGACAUUUCAUGUUACAGAUAGCUCUAAAGUGUGCAGACAUUUCCAAUCCCUGUCGGUUGUGGGACAUCAGCCGUCAGUGGAGUGACCAUGUUUGUGAAGAGUUUUUCCGACAGGGAGACUAUGAACAACGCCUUCAUAUCCCUGUCACCCCGAUGUGUGAUAGGAAAUCUACCACAGUCGCCAAAAUACAAGCAGGUUUUAUAGAAUUUGUAGUGAAUCCUUUGUUUCAAGAAUGGAAUCGUUUUCUCCCAACAAAACUCAGUGAGUCUAUGUUAAACAAUUUGAAGUCAAAUCAUGCACACUGGAAGGAAAUUAUAAAAAAAGAAACAGAAGAAAAAAUCAAGGUUGAAAUCCAGGAGGACCUGGUGGAGGAGGGAAAGGAAGAGGUGGAUGAGGAUGAAGAGGAGGAUGAAAUUAACAAUAACAGUGAUGAGGAAAAUGACUUUGUGCAGGAAGCACGUUUACCUCUAACUUUUACUCAUCUGGUGAAUGAAGAUGAGUGUGGUUCAUCCAGUAAUGAAAGUAGGCGGGGGAGUUGUCGCAGUCUGUCCCCCUUACGUGAAAUUCCAGAGAACCAAUGGAACCCAGAGAUACGCAGACACAGUAUGCCUCCUGCAUACUUGCAGAAGGAAAUUACAUGUGUGACAAUUCGUCGAGACAGCCUACCUCAUACUCAGUACAUUCGACGACGUAGCCUUCCGACGGCUAUGAUAUUACAUACUACCUCAGUGGAUAGACUCCUAGGAAAGUUGUCUCCCUUCCCUUCACCAGCAAAGCUUGCAGGCAGAAGUAUAUCUAUCGAUUCACUAGUAACGCAGCCUAAGAUCUCUAACCUUAGUCCAAGUUUUGAAGCCAGUAGACUGUUCAGUGGUUUGUCCCUAUCUUCAGAACUCGCGUCUUUCAAUGGCUCCACCGGAUCUGUGAAAUUCGUUGGAGCCCAGCUGAGUAGUCGGACUACUCCAAACUGGGGAUAUAAAGGAUCACAGAUAGGGAAGCUUGAUAAUGCUAGUCAUACAUUCCAUUCUCAACUCCUAUCGACUGAAGCUCCCCAGGCAGCUGGGGAUGUUGCUCAAGGGGAGACAACUGUUAUAUCGCCUGUGUCUUUCAACUGUGUAGGUGCUUUAUCCAGUAAUGACCUAGAUUCUAAUGCUCCUGGUACAGAUGGGGAACUGAUUGGGUCAUCACUGGAGUACAGUAGGACAGCUAUUGACAGGGUAAAACUAUCUCCAAAUACAGAGUCCAUCAAAUCAAAGGAUAUGUCAAAGCAUGUACCAGGUACAAUUGCAUAGCAAUAGUAUUUAUUAAAUUUAAUAUUUAUAAUUUAAGUUUAUAUUGUAGGGCCUACCAAAGUGUAUAGUGUUGGUACUAGUCUAAUUUGUUGAUUGUAUAGAUCUUCAUAAAAUAUCAUGUAGCUCAGAGUCUUUAGAUUGAUGAUUUCAUAUUCAAAACAUCAUUCAUUUAAAUCAUAUCACUAUGAAAUAUUGUGAAAUACUGUAUUUAUUAUGCCACAUGCCUGUUAAGGCUUGUUAUUAAUUCUUAAAAGGUGCUGGCCAGUACGUAGAAUAAUACUUGAACACAGAUUGGUAUAAAACAGGAAUUAAAAUUGAUACUGACAUGUAUUUUUCUUCAGCACUACUCUGUUGAUAAUUUUUCUGGUACAGAAUGUAGAUUCCAACACAGAAUCAAUGUGAUGCUGAUCUCUAGAGAGACAAAUUAACUUGAUAACAAGUCUGCCACAAAUUUACUGUGAUACCUAAGCUGAAGUCAUUUCGUGUUGUUGAUUGUAAACAAUAUACAAGUCAAAGGAUAAUUGUUCGAGUUCUGAAAGGACAAAAUAAAGCAUUAAUAAAAAUAAUGUUAGCUAUAACUUUUUAUGACUUAAAUCUUGAUUAACCUGUUUAAAGUGUAUAUAUAUAGUGGAUAUUAAUGGUUUCCUAUUGCACUCUAACUUCCAGGUAUGUUAAGAAAUUACUGAAUACUAACAUUUUUCUUAUAUAUGUGAAAUAUCAUAUUCAGCAUUACAAGUAAAAAAGGUUUGGUAUUUAACGGGAAGAUAAUUCAUUAUUAAACUUUCUUAUUUACUGCACUUAAACCUACAACGAAAGGUCUUUAUAAAAAAGUGAAGGAAUUUUGUUACAUUUGAUGACAUUAUGAUGAACACAUGUCUGGGAUUACAGUUUACUGCUGUUACCUAGUGGUAUUUACAAAAGUGAUUGAACCCAAAUUCUUAUUGGCACAAGUUUUACAAAUUUCCAUACUGUGACCUUAUAUUUCAGUUCUAGUCUUGGAAACAAGUUACAAAUGAUUGAUAUUCCUAUUGAAGUGUUCGGGAGUGAUAUAAAAUGUAUGGAAUAAUUGUAUGCUAUGUUGAAAUAUAUUUCUCUGGACACUAAUGACCUAUAUCAGUGUACUUCAGAGGCAGUCAUAGCAGUGUCACCACCAAGUUCUACCUUCCAUAGUAAUCAAUAAACAGGUACAGUUGGCCUGUUUACUCCACAGUCAAACUCUGUUAAUAAUAUAUAGAAACAUAGAUAAUAUAAGUAUCAAAAGAGGAAAUGCUCUUUUGAACCCCCCCCCCCCCCCCCCCCCCAAAAAAAAAAAAAAGAAAUGAAUAAAUAAUCAAAAGGAUAAUCAUACUGAAUGGUUUAUAUAUACCCAGUUAGAUUGGCUGAGCACCUGACUAUUUUGGUAUCUUAGGGAGAACACAUAUAGUUAAAGAUCGGUUACCUGAUCCUGAUGUGAUGUAAAAAAAAAAAACAGUGGAUAUUUAUAGAAAACAUUUAAAGGUAAUGCUUUUGUCACAGGAAUGAAGAAAAAAAGGUAUCUUCAAUUAUGAUGUUAUUUAUGGGGGAUGAAGAGUACUUGAAACUACAUUAACAAUAUUUAAUUAGUAAUUUUAUACUUGUUAGACAUACAUACUUUUUAAGAAUGUAGGUAGAGCUAUUGGUAAGUUUUACUGUUAAGAAUGCUAGUGUUAAAAUUCUAUUAAUUUAUGUUUGUAUGGUCAUGAAUAUUGCUUCCAAAAUCUAAAAUUUUGAAAAGUUUUCUUUAAAUUCAUCAUAUAAAUAGGGAUUGCAGCUUCAUUUAGUAUGAAUUGUGAUUUUUAUUUGUUGGUUGAUACUUUAAGUGAAUUAAAACAAAUUGUUUUUGUAUCAUUGUGAUAUAGAUAUGCUGAAUUUAUUAUUAGAUGUCUGUUUUUCCUAUACUAAGAAAUCCAUCAAAUAUCCCAGUCUUCUCAAUUCUAGAAAAAUUGACUGAACAUUCAUGUAAUAUCAUCAAAAUGAUGGCAUUCAACUGGUUUUGAUUAGACAGUGAUGAUAGACCGUGAUACAUAGACUAGAAUAUGUUCCAAUAUCUGGUAAUGAAACUUCCAGUGAUAGGAAUUCUCCUUUCUACCAUUAGCAUAUCCAUGUCAGCUAUGUUGUAUUCCUCUUUAAACAGAACAAUGGCCCUUUGUUCAUUACUAAAGCAUAUUGAUGAGAAUAUGGAGAAAGAAAUGUACUCCCCUACAGAUCCUGAGCAUUUAUAAAAAACAUUCAGCUAGUUAAGUUAAACAGGAACUUUUCUAAGUUCAACACAUUUUAGAAAUAUUAAGUAUUUAUUUUUAUGCCGUUUUAGAACAAUUUAAGGAGUGUGUCGCAUUAUGCUGAAACAUUUGUCUUGUUUUGUUCUGAUCGUAAAACAUUUGUCAACUUUGAAACAAAUGUUAAGGACCUUAUCUUCAGGGUCUGGUUUAUAAUACCUUGAAUGAGAUAUUUCAGGAAUCAAAGGUCAAGUUUCAACUUAGUGUUUAUCAUUAUUAGGAACUGGGUCAACCUUUGACCCUAAUAUGCAUUCCCAUUUUCUGUCAGACAAUGAGAAACUGUAUCAAGACUGCAUGAUAAGAUAAAGUACCACAUCACAUUGUACUACAAAAUCAGUGUAACACAGCAGAUGCUGAAAGAGGUCUGACCUUACAUUUGUUUGCAGAUAAAAGUGGUAUAUUUAUGCUCAAAAUGUGAUAAAAUCUUACAGAGUAUUUUACCUCAUAAUGCUUAGUUUGCAUAUUUAUGAGAUGAUAGAGAGUACCUGACUUCUCAUUGUCAGUACAUACUAGCAAAGUCUAUGUUUUAAUUCAUUUAAACAAAUACACAAAUACAUUGUACAUGGGCAGAAUUUCUGGUAUACAGUACAUUAAGUGUUUUCUAAAUGAAAUGCAAAGUUCCUUGUAUGUUUCAGACAAAAUUGAAAUGCAAAUUUUCUUGUGUCUCUGACCAAAUGAAAUAAAAGGGUAUGCUUCCCUGACA